ACUUCAGCAAGAGGACACAUGCUCUACACAGACCUCAGAGUGAAGAUGCUGAUGAUGAUGUGGAUUACAGUAAUGCUUUUUAAUAAAGAUGCAGAUUCUGCACAGACAGAUGAUGUCAGUCAGCCGAACCCAAUGAUCACUGCUGAUGUUGGUGAUAAUGUGACUCUGCACUGCUUUCGGCAGAGAGAGGAUAACUCUGGAGUCAUCGUUUGGUACAAGCAAAAAGUAGGACACAAGCCUUGUGUAAUGGUCACAGUUCAUCACCAACCCAAUUAUGAAGAUGAGUUCAAGUCACCAAAAUUCAGCAUCAAGAAAGAAAAAAUGAGCUGCCAUUUAAAAAUUGUUAAUGUAGAACCAUCAGAUGAAGCCAUGUAUUACUGUGGACUUACAAAAUUUUUAACUACGUUUGGAAAUGGAACAUUUUUAUCAGUGAAAGGUGAUGGAGAUAUAAAAGUGUCAGUGUUGCAGAGCAGCGUGUUGAACUCGGUUCUUGCAGGAGCAUCAGUGACUCUGCAGUGCUCGGUUCUCUCUGAGAGCAGAGCAGCAGAUCUCCAAGUGCUCUGGUUCAGAGCUGCUCCACCACAAUCCCAUCCGCAAAUCAUUUACACUCAUCACAACAGCAGUCAUCAGUGUGAGAGCAGCUCUUCUACACACACCUGUGUGUACAACUUCUCCAAGAACAUCCUCAGCCUCAAUGAUACUGGCACUUACUACUGCGCUGUGGCCGUGUGUGGGAAGAUCAUUUUUGGGAACGGGACACGAGUACAGUUGGGUAAGAAGUAUAAUGUUUUAGUGAUACACCAGAGUGCAUAGUAGUUAUUUGUCUAUCUGCUCUAUAUCUAUUUACAUGUA